AAAAUUGAUUCUAAUUAUUUUCAGUUUAUUUACUGUUGCAAAACUUCUUUCACCGACCGCUUCGAUAAAGCAAAUCAGAACGAGACUGAAAAAGUGCCACAAAGUUAAACUGCGGCAAUAACACACCUAAAGCCAAGCCAUCAAACAACAACAUAAGCAUUACAAUAAAAAUUGAACGAAUUGUAUUGAAACUGGAAAAGGAAUUUAGUUCGCGAAAAUGUUUGUGGCAAUAAAUCAAAUGAAUGGGCAGGCGGCCAAAAGGCGCAAAAAGGAGAACAAAAGGCGCGCGGCGGCAGCUGUUGUUACCAAAGUUGCUGACGAUGGGGCAGAGACUAUACACGGCGGUGGUCUAACAAUGCCGGAAGGUGGAACACAGGCGGAAGCAGAGACGACAAUACCCGCAACACAACCGUCAGUUGAUGUAACGGCAUCGGCGGCUAGCUCGACGUCCAGUUCGACGGCCAAUCUCAUUGACGAUAUGUUGCUCGAUUUUGUAGCCGUCAGCACGACAAUGACAGCCGCUGCGAAAACCAAAAUUGCAACAAAGCCAGUGGCAGAGGAAUCGCAAUCGACGGCGAAAUGUAAAAAAUGCCAACACGCGCUUUCAAAUGUUGAAUGCCGCCAGCUACAUUCGAAGGCCUCCGCGUUUUCAACAUCCCACUCUGGCUGCCGCUGUGAAUGCGAUUCCGUGAAUAAAAGUUUAUACGGUUCUGCAUCGACGGCCGCAUCCACGAUCACAACCAAGUUUAACCCGCCCACGCCUUCAACGCCAAAUGCGACGCCACCUACGUCAUUGUAUGCGGUGUAUAUGUGCCUAGGUACCCUCGCUCUGGCCGUGGCCACACUGUCGGUGCUCUUCUACUCGCAUGUACACUCCGUCGCCAGCAACAAAAGCGCGAGAAUCAAUAGCAAAAUGCCGAUGGCGAUGACGCCGACAGAUGCGCAUUUAAAUUUGGCUGUAUUCCGGGAGCAAUUUCAACGUGAACUGCUCGCAUCGGAGCAUGUGCUGCGCGGCAUAGUUUCGCAAGUACUAGACCAGCGGGAGGGCAAACGAAAGGAACAAGCAACAAGCGGACACAAUGUCGUGUUUGGUGGAGCUGAGCCGAUCCAUAGCUACCAGCAACGCACGAUUCGAGCGACGGCAGAAGAAAAGACAGCAACGAUGCUGGCUGACGAUGGAACGCUGGUGAGAAAUGAGCGCAAAUAUGUUGGACAUGUCAGACACGUGGCAGACACCUCAACGACCGCGAAUGCCGCAGAAACCGCUGCGGUGCAGGGCAGUACGGGUCGUGUGGCAAGAAGAGUACGUCGUGAUAUUACUUCUUCGCCGGCUGCUAUGCAAUCCGAUCCUUUUAUCGAGUUUUUCAACCCGGAUCACCGCAAAGUGCUGGAAGAGCAGGAUAAGGAAAUACGCAAACGUACAGGACUGAAAGGAGCUGCGCCCGGCGGUGACGAGUGGAUUUACUUAAAUACCUACUGUCGAGUGCCGGAAAAAAUCAUAACUGGUUUCUGCAAAGGCACCCAAGACUAUUGUCCGCCUGCGCCGCAAGGUCCUCCGGGUCCGGUAGGUCCCAAAGGUACAACAGGACCACCGGGUUUGCCCGGAAUUCCAGGGCCGAAGGGCAAUCGAGGUGAUGUUGGUCUACCAGGGCCAAGGGGAGUUGAUGGUGCUAAUGGCCCGAUCGGGCCACGUGGACCGAAAGGUGAUAUUGGCAUACCCGGUCGUGCUGGUCUCGACGGACGUGAUGGUGUGCCAGGUGAGCCUGGUUUAGAUGGUGUACCAGGACGUGCUGGUGCCGACGGCAUACCUGGCAAAGAUGGUCUACCCGGUUUGGAUGGGCGAGAUGGUCUAAAUGGCAAGGACGGCAAAGAUGGUGCACCCGGACCGAAGGGAGCUCAGGGACCACAAGGAGAGAGAGGAUUAAAAGGUAUUGCUGGACCUCGUGGUCGGCCAGGAAAAUCCGGAAAGGAUGGAACGCCAGGAAUUCCUGGAAUUAACGCAUGGAAAGUGCAGUUACUAAAUGGCAGUUUCUCCAAUGACUUACUCAUUCCACCAUCAAUUGCGGACUUGAAUACGCCGCACAUAGAACGCUUCGUAAUCGUCGAGGAGGGCAAGACUUUGAAUCUGAGCUGCGCCGCCAGCGGCAAUCCGAUGCCGCAUGUGGAGUGGCGACGCGACGACGGACGCACAAUUAAUAUUAACGGCGUUGAAAUGUCGUCAGUUAGCGGGCCUUACUUGAAAUUCACGAACAUUACUCGGCAUCAAAUGGCUGCCUACACGUGCUAUGCGGAUAACGGUCUGGUGCCAGUCGCGAAUGCCACCUUCCUCAUUCAGGUUCACUUUUCGCCAAUGAUUGCCGUGUACCGACAAAUGAUUUAUGCUGAGUACGGACAGAGUGCAACGCUCGAAUGUAUGGUGGAGGCAUUUCCUGAGGCAAUCAAGUAUUGGGAGCGUGCUUACGAUGGAAAAACUCUAGAUCCGGGCGAUAAAUACCAAAUCGAGACAUACACUGACAGUUUCAAGACAACAAUGCGUUUGACCAUCACGAAUUUGAGGAAAGACGACUUCGGCUACUACUACUGUGUGGCACGCAAUGAAAUGAACGCCACAAUGGUCAACUUUGAAAUUGCGCCGCAAGAUCCCAACAGCGAGAUACCAUAUGUAGGAAAGGAAAUUAAAUUCUAUGGACAGCGGCCACCGGAAAGUGAAUGUCCAUUGUGUGAGCAAUGCCCAGAUCCAAGGUGAGUUUAUGUGGUAACAAGUUUACAAAAAAAACAAAAAACA